GUCGCAAUUUUGUGAAAUUUUUCGCAUGACGCAAUAACAUUUGUUUGAAAAAACAUCGCCCUAGUGACGUGUUUUUUUGUUUAAAUUUUAACAAAAUUAAUUUUGUAAAUUUGUCGAUCUGUUCAAAACCAAACCACAUAAUGCAGAUCUUCGUGAAGACUUUGACUGGUAAAACCAUCACCUUGGAGGUCGAGCCCUCCGAUACCAUCGAAAACGUCAAAGCUAAGAUCCAGGACAAGGAAGGUAUCCCCCCAGACCAGCAACGUUUGAUCUUCGCUGGCAAACAACUCGAAGACGGACGCACUUUGUCUGACUACAACAUCCAGAAGGAAUCGACGCUCCACUUGGUUUUGAGAUUGAGGGGCGGUAUGCAAAUCUUCGUUAAGACACUCACUGGCAAGACCAUCACUCUGGAAGUUGAGCCCUCUGAUACGAUCGAGAACGUCAAAGCCAAGAUCCAGGACAAGGAGGGCAUCCCUCCAGAUCAACAGCGUUUGAUUUUCGCUGGUAAACAACUCGAAGACGGACGCACCUUGUCCGAUUACAACAUCCAGAAGGAAUCCACCCUUCACUUGGUUUUGCGUCUGAGGGGAGGCAUGCAGAUCUUCGUCAAGACCUUGACUGGGAAAACCAUUACUUUGGAAGUCGAACCUUCCGACACGAUUGAAAACGUCAAGGCUAAGAUUCAGGAUAAGGAAGGGAUCCCACCAGACCAACAAAGAUUGAUCUUUGCCGGGAAACAACUAGAAGAUGGGCGUACCCUCUCAGAUUACAACAUCCAGAAGGAAUCCACCCUUCACUUGGUAUUGCGUUUGAGAGGUGGCAUGCAAAUUUUCGUCAAAACCCUGACUGGCAAGACCAUCACCUUGGAGGUCGAACCUUCUGAUACCAUUGAGAAUGUUAAGGCCAAGAUCCAAGACAAGGAAGGUAUCCCACCAGACCAACAAAGAUUGAUCUUCGCUGGAAAACAACUUGAAGACGGCCGUACUCUUUCCGACUACAAUAUCCAAAAAGAAUCCACCCUCCACUUGGUGUUGCGUCUCCGAGGUGGCAUGCAAAUUUUCGUGAAGACUUUGACUGGAAAAACGAUCACUCUUGAAGUCGAACCUUCGGACACAAUCGAAAACGUGAAGGCGAAAAUUCAGGACAAAGAGGGGAUUCCCCCAGAUCAGCAAAGAUUGAUUUUCGCCGGCAAACAGUUGGAGGAUGGUCGCACACUCUCCGACUACAACAUCCAGAAAGAGUCGACCCUCCACUUGGUGUUGCGUCUCCGUGGUGGCAUGCAAAUCUUCGUAAAGACUUUGACUGGGAAGACGAUCACUUUGGAAGUAGAACCAUCGGACACUAUCGAAAACGUUAAGGCGAAAAUUCAGGACAAAGAGGGGAUUCCCCCAGAUCAGCAGAGGUUGAUCUUCGCCGGCAAACAGCUCGAAGAUGGCCGAACUCUCUCCGACUACAACAUUCAAAAAGAAUCAACACUCCACUUAGUAUUGCGGCUCCGAGGUGGCAUGCAAAUUUUCGUUAAAACUCUGACUGGCAAAACCAUCACCCUGGAAGUCGAACCUUCUGAUACAAUUGAGAACGUCAAGGCUAAGAUUCAAGACAAAGAGGGUAUCCCACCAGACCAACAAAGAUUGAUCUUUGCUGGAAAACAACUAGAAGACGGCCGUACUCUUUCCGAUUACAAUAUCCAGAAGGAAUCCACUCUCCACUUGGUGUUGCGUCUCCGAGGUGGCAUGCAAAUUUUCGUGAAGACCUUGACGGGAAAGACGAUCACUUUGGAAGUAGAACCCUCAGACACAAUUGAGAAUGUUAAAGCUAAAAUCCAGGAUAAAGAAGGCAUUCCUCCAGAUCAGCAGAGGUUGAUCUUUGCUGGCAAACAACUCGAAGAUGGGCGCACCCUGUCGGACUAUAAUAUUCAAAAAGAAUCAACCCUACAUUUAGUAUUGCGUCUGCGAGGAGGUAUGCAAAUUUUCGUGAAGACGUUGACUGGGAAAACAAUUACGUUGGAAGUUGAGCCAUCGGACACGAUUGAAAAUGUGAAGGCCAAAAUUCAAGAUAAGGAAGGUAUUCCCCCAGACCAGCAAAGAUUGAUCUUUGCGGGAAAACAGUUGGAAGAUGGUCGCACACUUUCGGACUACAAUAUCCAAAAGGAAUCCACUCUUCAUCUAGUCUUACGUCUUCGCGGAGGACAGUAAUUUUCUGGAAUUUCUAUGCUUAAUAUUUUUUUUACUUUUUGUUACAAGUUUCCUGAAAUUACGAAUAGAGAAUAAAGAUUGAUGGCUUAA